CUCUGGUGACAGCUAUUUAGCCUUAGGAGCAUUUCCAUCUAUAGCAGUUUCUUUAAAAUACAGUGUAGAGACAGUUUGGGGGAGGUAAAUUCCCUCAACUUUUGCUUAUCUGAAAAUUGAUUAAUCCUUCCUUCAAAUGUAAUGAUAAUCUUUCCACGUAUAGUAUUCUUAGUUUGUGGCCCUUCUGUUUCAUUGCAUUAAAUAUAUCAUGCCACUCCCUUCUGGCCUGUAAGGUUUCUGCUGAGAAGUCUGACAAUAGCAUGAUGGGUUUUCCUUUCUAGGUGAUCUUUUUUCUCUCUUUGGCUGCUUGUAAUACUCUGUCUCAUCCUUGAUUUUUGCCAUUUUAAUUAUUACAUGUCUUGGUGUUGUCUUCCUAGGGUCCCUUGUGUUGGGAGAACUGUCCACUUCCAUGGCCUGAGAGAUGAUUUCCUUCUGCAGAUUGUGUAACUUUUCAGCAAUUAAUUCCUCAAAGGGACUUUCUAUCCCUUUUUCUCUCUUCUUCUUCUGGAACCCUAUAAUAUGAAUAUUGUUCCAUUUGGAUUGUUCACACAGUUAGUUGUCUUACUAUUUUUUAAUUCCUAGAGAUCCUUUUUCUCUCUGUGCCUCAGCUUCUUUGUAUUCUUGUUCUCUAAUUUCUAUUUCAUUUACCAUCUCCUCUAUGUCAUCUAUUCUGCUUUUAAAUUCCUUCGUUGUAUGUUUCACUUCUGGUACUGUAUUUUUCAAAGUUUCUAUUUCUUUCUUUAAGCCCUCCCUGAGCUCUUGAAUAAUUUUCUGUAGCUCUGUGAGCAUGUUUAUGAUUUUUAUUUUGAGAUCUUUAUCAAGAAGAUAGGUAGGUGAUUUCAGUUUCACUUUCUGGUGUUUGAGGGAUUUGGUUUUUACAAGAUACUUUUGCCUUUUCAUAUUUCUAAUGAUUACUAUGGAAUAAUAGGUUUUUGUAGAUGAUGCCCUCUAGUGCACAGAAAUUCUAUUCUCUGGAGUUUCCCAGCACCUGGAGCAAUGGUAGGGGUCGCAGGCAAGUGGUGCCAGUGCCUGCUGGGUGGAAAGAGCUCUUUCCUGGUUCCCGGAUGCAGUGCCUGACUCCAGUGCCCGGGCCAGUAGGCCAUGUGCAUAGGGAGGAGCCUCUGCGUUAUGCCUGUGUAGCUAAUGUAGGUGGAUCCACCCUCUGGCUGGCCUGGCACGAUGGUGGAGGCAGCAGGUUUAUGAACUGAUGCUGGCCAGGAUGAACUGGUGGCAGGCUGCAUAUUGCAGUAGGGGGCCUCAGGACUGCUUUUCCAGCCAGUGGGAUGGAGCACCUGAAGCUCCUGAACGUUCCCAACUUGCUGGGCUGAGUGGGCAGGGACGAUUUUGCCCACCUGUCCUUUCUUUUGAUCUUCAAGCUCUGUGUAAGACUUGCUCCUUUAGCACCCCUCUCACUAUCAGGAAGUCUUUAAAAGUGCCCACCUUUCUUUUGUCCCGGAGUGGCCAGUUGUGGGUACCUAUUUUCCACAAACUGCUGGAAUCUCAGUCUUUCUGAGUAUUCUGCCUGUCUUUGCUUUCCAACUCCACUUAUCUCCAGAGCACCAUGUAAUGUGGGUUCAUGCUCCCGGAGCAGAUUUCCAGGGGUGGGUGUUUAGCAGUCCUGGGCUUCUACUCCCUCCUUGCUCCAUUUCUCUUCCUCCUGCUGGUGAGCUGGGGUGGGAGGUGGGCUUGGGUCCUGCCAGUUUGCAGCUUUUCUACUUCAUCAUUUUCUGUGGGUGUCUUCUCUUUUCCCCAGGUGUAGUCCAUCUGUUGCAGCCUUCUUUCCAAUCUCUCUUUUUGGAUUAGUUGCAUUUGCUGUAUUUUCGUAUUAUAUGUGGUUUUGGGAGGAGGUUUCAGCCUCAUUUCUCAUGCCGCCAUCUUUUCUUGUCUCCCCUAUUGUUUUGUUUUUAUUAGAGCAAAACUGGCAAUUGCUCCAGAAGACAGCAAAAGUGGUUCACAGUGUUCUCACUGGUCUGAAAGCAGAAUUGUUAUCAGGAGACACACCAAAUUGCUAUUGAUGGGUACUUCUAGGUUGGAAAGUGAGAUUGAAGAGAGAGGGUAGAAUUGAAUAAAAUCUCUACUUCUUAUCAACCUACAUCAUUUUAUUCCAUCUAGCAGGUGUCCUCAUGACUUCUUUUGCGGACCAUGUCCAUGAUCCUUUUUGCCUGUGUGAUAAGGGUGAGGGAUGGACUGCCCCUCUCAGCCUCCACUGACUUUUACCACACCCAGGAUUUUCUGGAAUGCAAGAGACGGCUCAAGACUUUAGCCUUGCAACUGGCCCAGUAUCCAGGUCGAGGUUCCACAGAAGGACAGGACUUCAGGAUACACUUUUCUUCUUCAGGGGAUGUGGCUUGCAUGACCAUCUGCUCCCACCAGUGUCCAGCAGCCAUGGCCUUCUGCUUCCUGGAGACCUUGUGGUGGGAAUUCACAGCAUCCUAUGACACCACCUGCAUUGGCCUAGCCUCCAGGCCCUAUGCCUUUCUCGAGUUUGACAGCGUCAUUCAGAAAGUGAAGUGGCAUUUUAACUAUGUAAGUUCCACUCAGAUAGAGAGCAGUUUAGAAAAAAUUCAGGAAGAGCUUGAGUUCCAGCCUCCAGUGGUUCUCACUCUGCAAGACGCAGAUGUGGCAAAUGGAAUGAUGAACGGUCACACACAGAUGCACUUGGAACCCGAAAUUAUUUUUACUAGACACUUAUUUUUUUUUAAUUGUGAAGCUCCUAGUUUCCGAAUGGAACCAGUGACAGCCCUGGGUAUCCUCUCCCUUAUUCUCAACAUCAUGUGUGCUGCUCUGAAUCUCAUCCGUGGAAUUCACCUUGCAGAACAUUCUUUACAGGUUGCCCAUGAGGAAAUUGGAAAUAUUCUGGCUUUUCUUAUUCCUUUUGUAGCCUGCAUUUUCCAGUGUUACUUGUACCUGUUCUACAGUCCAGCCAGGACUCUGAAGGUGGUGCUGAUGCUCCUCUUUAUUUGCCUGGGCAACGUGUACCUGCAUGGGCUGAGGAACCUCUGGCAAAUCCUCUUCCACACAGGAGUGGCUUUUCUGUCUUCAUAUCAGAUACUGACAAGGCAGCGUCAGGAGAAGCAGUCUGGUUGUGGAGUGUGAGGAUGGCGUCGCAUGAUGAGUGGAUCCUUUGGUUUUCCUCUGAAGGCUGUCUGUGUUUCCCUUUUUAUUGUCAACUUUACCUCAAGUUUAUUUUUUCUUUCUUUUUUUUUUGAAGAAUGAUGUAAAACUUUAUUGAGAGAAUUUUAACAGUUAAAUAUCCAGCAUAAGAACAGUCUGCAUGGUUUCAGCUCGACUCUGUUUAACCCCAUGGUUGCCCUUCGCCUUGAACCACAGGUGCUUCAUCAUCUUCUUUGCCCUGAUCAGGUGUAAUAGCCUGGCUCUCAGCGGGUGGCUCCUCUUGUUGAGGCAGCUCACCAUUGGUCUUCUGGUCAACCACUGGUCCAUCCAGCUGGGCAGACUCUUGAUCAUGUCCUUUUCCUCUAAAUUUGGAUCUUGAUUUCAUAUUCCCGCUCAUAUUUCACACAGUUGAAUCUCAGCUAGUGAGAAAGAAUCCGGACAGAGGGAACAGGACUACCUCUGACUCAGCAAUUCUCGCCAAUUCCAACAAAGGCCGACUUUACCUCAAGUUUCCAUCCUUGAAGUUCUUUUGACCACACUGGACUGAUACCAAGAAUUGAGGAUGUUUACCAGGUGCAGUUGAAGGCAUGAGGCCGCUUAAUACCUGGUCCUCGUAUUGUGCUGAACAUUACUGCAGAAUCUCCAGUUCACAUUUACUUAUGACAGCAGAAACUGGGGGCUCAUUCAGAAGUAGCAUUAUUUGAAGAUCAGAAUGGAAUUAUUUUGGUCUUUUAUAUUGGAUGAUUCAAUAAACCACUAGAUUCAGUAACACUAGUUUUAGUAAUUGGCAGUUAUCUAGAGGAAUCACUUUAAAAACCUGUAUCAACUUUCAGUCCAAAUGUGACUCAGGUAGUUUUUUUUUUUUUUCAGAGGGUCAGGACAGGGUGAAUUAAAAACUUAAAAAUAUGGUUCAUAAAUAUAAGCUAGGUAAAUUUUGUUUACGUUUUUUGAUAACUUAGGUCUGAUACAAUACCUUUAGAAUGUUUAAAUGUAUUUUAGAUAUAAAUUGAGCAUAUCUUCAUUUAGGAAAAGGGCAGACUUAAGCUGAGAAAGUAGUUUAAAAAGUUGAGUUUAUUUAAUUUAUAAAAAGCUUUUUAUGGUGGUGGGGCUGUGUGGGUACAGAAAUGUUUUGUAUUUAUUUGCAGGGUUUAUAUGAAUAUUUAAAUUAAUUGAGUAACCAGUGCUACUGGAUCAAAAGCUUAUAAGCAUGAGUAGAAAUGAGAAUUUCAGGAUUCCUUGCAGUGGGCCACAAACUGGCGUAAGCGUAUCACACAAAUUCACGCAAUGUCACUUUACAGAUGCAGGUGGGAGUGGCUUUUGUCAUUAGCCUUGUACAUGCAGCUGAGUGCCUGUCAUUCUAAUGCUGAUGAGUAUUUGACCCUGUGGACCUGCUUCGGAAGACUUCCCGAACUAAUUACUCCUCUACACCUUUCUCUAUUACCUCAGUUAGUCCAAGGGCCUAAUUUUUUGUGAACAAGAAUUAAGUAGGUUUUACCUUUCUUUAAAGCUUUAUAAAGAUAUGAUUAACCCUAUGUUCUAAAAAGUUACUUUUCUUUCUCUUAUUGUCAAAAUAUCGAUUGAUCAUAGUUUUCCAAAAUGUGAAUCUCAGUAAGCUCCCUUAGGUCUCCAAAAAUUUCAUCCUGGGCCAUCCAGGACCAUUCAGGAGGCCAUUUCAGGAGUGUGCCCCCUGCACUGUUCUUGGUAGAAGUCUGAAGUCUGAGCAGCUCAACCACAAUUGCAUGGAAUACUUUCGGUUGAAUUAUGAUGUCUUGAUAAAUUAAAAAAUCCUAUUUUACUAGUUUUUAAAAGUUGAGAA